GCCGCGCCAGUCCCCGUCCGCAGCGCUCCAGGGCCGGCCACAAUGCGCAGCGGCGCCGGCGCUCCCAGCCACGAACUCUGCGUCAAGCGCGAGCUGCCCUCGCCGGAGGGUACGGACAUCUACCUGCCGGCCUACCCCGUCCUGGACUACACGGCCGGCGCGGCGAACCUCCACAGCACCGGCUGGGAGUCGCCCUGUCUCCAGUGGAGUCCGGCCGAGUCGCCGCCGCCGCCCACAGAACCGUCCCCAGCCCGCAGCCGUCGGCGCCGACGACCCACCGGCGAGCGCGCGCUGUCGGGACGCCGGCGCUCAUCCGUGUGUCACAGUCUGCAGGAGCUGCACUCUCAGCGCCAGAUGGCCAACAACCGGGAGCGGCACCGCACCCAGCUGCUCAACUCGGCCUUCCAUGAGCUGCGACAGAUCAUCCCGACGCUGCCCUCGGACAAGCUGUCCAAAAUUCAGACCCUGCGGCUGGCGUCGCGCUACAUCGAGUUCCUGUACUGGGUGCUGCACGGCGGCGCGGACGGGCCGCCCUCGCUGCCGUAUGAGAGGCUCAGCUCGGCGUUCUCCGCCUGGCGAAUGGAGGAGGAGCAGUGUCUGUCCGGUGGCCGGGCAGAGUACCGGGAUGGGGCCAGCUGAGGAACACCCAGCUGUGAGACGCGUCAAUGCGGCUGGCAGUUGCGGUGGCUCGUGCUGCCCUGUCCGUGGACGGACGGAUGGCCAAUUCUCGGACCGCGGUUGUCCAGCGCGGACACUCCCGGCCUCUGACCAGCGCGCCCAACUCGGACCGAAUGGGACGGCCGCACCUGACUCAUCGAGCCAGCAGACUCACCGCGCGGUGACAAGUCAGCAUAUUGUCCGACGUGUUUUAAUCACUGUACAUAUUACACUUAUUUAUUGUUUUAUUUAAGCACAUCCUUCGUGAAGUCUUGAAACCACAUGUCAAACAACAGAAUCUUCGAAAUUUAUUCAUGAAUCCACCCUGACUAUUUGAGUUGCAUUCCUAAUGCUUAUUUCCGCGAUCUCUCUCUGAAUCCUUUUUCGCGCAACUUCCAGUGUUUCUGCUGUGUUUCGUUACAGGUGCUUUCACACAUAAUGUUUUUCACCUGCCAUAUCCAGUUAUUUUUUAGAUUUCCCCAAAAACACAAUAUCUAUCGCAACGGUUCGUGUUGAAAUCAAUUGUCCUAACUACUAUUCUACUUCUUAUUUAAUUAUUAAACUUCGAAGCGCCACAUGAAGCCAUUCAUACGGAAACUGACAAUAUUUUGUAACAAUGUAAGUGCCUACUAGCCACAUAUACGUAUGUCCUCCGUGUGGCCCAGUGGAUAAAGCAUCCGUCUUCUGACGCGGUUGAAGCGAGAUGAAAAAGUCACAGCUGGCUGGCACUUGCGUGCUGCUGUAUCACAGUGGCUGCGGCAGACAAACGGCGGUUUAAUUCUCUAUUAAAACGCUUCCACUCGCUCGCAGGCACCAUGUUUUGUAUGUAAUAAAUAUACAAGCUUUUAGAUAGAAAAGCAAUAGCCGGUGCGCAAUCAUUUUCACUGUUCCAAUAUGCCGUUAUGAGGUGACGAUAGUCGCUUAUACGCACGCUUGACUAAAUGUGUGGUGAAUGAAUGUGCGACUUUCCAUUGGCUAGCGGUCGACGGCAGGUUUUGGCCGCGACUUUAUAAGGCCCCGUGUCCAAUGUCCAUUGCGGCCAGUAUCCGCCACGCAAGGCCCUAUAUGCCUCCGCCACGCAGCAUGACGCGCUGUAAAAUGCCGCGCCUUUUGUAAGGCUCAUUUUUAUACUCGAUUUGUAUAUUUAGUGUUGAACUUUGUGACGGUCUGAUGGUUGGACAUUUAUAGGAUUGUUUUACGCGUUGUUACAUGGGCACAAUGACUGAGAGCCUUUCCGAUCAAUUUAGCGACUGCAGCGCAGUGUGUAUUCCGUUGCAAUAAUGUUGCCGUCGAUGAAUGCUGGAUAAUCACAAGUAGUUAUUGCCAUCACAUUACUGAUGUAGCCGUGCCUUAGAAGCUGCUAAGUGCCGUGACAUGUAUCUGUAUGCUGUGACGAUGAACGUAGGAUGCUGGCCUGUCCAAGUGUAUGCGUGUUAUGCUGACGCCUUAGUGUAUAAAUGUUCCGACGAGACCAA